AUGGCAUAAUUAGCAUAAGAGGCUGAAGUCAGCUAAUAAAUUCAAAAAGUCCUUAAACAAUCUGUAUCAAAGAGGGAAAAGAAGUCACUAAUCAAAUCUAUAAAAAAGAGCUCUAUUGCCUAAACAGGCAAAGCUUCCUCAUUUCAAACCAUCAUCUCUGUAUCAAAUUCAAUGGUCGGCACAAGUACUUUAGUAUUUCCAGUGUUAUUUUGUCAAUCUGGAAUAGGAUUGGGUAUUAUAAUAGCCAUAAUAAUUGGAUUGAUUUCAUGUAGAACGACUCAAUUAUUGAUUGUACAUAAUAAAUCAGAAGAGGUAUACUCAAUUCAUAUAAUAAUAGAUGGAUUUACCAGAUACUUUACAAAGAGUUCUGGGUACAAAGUGGAAGACCAUUUUUAACAUUAGUAAUGUAAUUCUACUAUGGGCAAGUGGUAUUAUCUAUAUGAUCUUGAUAUGCAAUCAACUUUAUCCCUUAAUUUAAAUAAUAUGUGAUAAUAUUGGCAUAGAAAGUGCCCCACUAACAGAUAUAACUCUAUCUAAACUUUCAUAUUAAUGGAUUGGAAUAGGUUACACUCUAUUUAUUUUGCCUAUGUUUUUCUAAAAGAAACUAGGAAUCAUUUUGCAACUCUUACCAUAUGGAAUUAUUUCAGUUUUUUCAUUCAUAAUAUUCACUAUAUAUGAAGGAAUUUAUAUGUUAGUAACUGAUCAUUAAGGAGUGGUUGAUAAUUUGAAAUGGUUUAGUUGGGAUGUAUCUACUAUGGCUGGUACAUUUGCAUUGGCAUUAUUAAUAUAAUCUAUGGUUGUACCUAUAAUGAAGAAUAAUAUGAUUUAAUAAAAUAACAAUAGAGAUAUUGCUAUUGGAUUUGCAUGGACAUGGUUUGUGUAUUGUAUGGCUGGAACAUUUGGAGCUUUUGCAGUAGCUGGAGCAUUAGCAAAUAAUUAAAAAUAAGAUGGAAAAAGUGGAUCAACUCUUUUAGAUUAUUAUCCAUCAGAUAAUCCAUUAGUAAUAGUUAUAUAGGUUUUACUAUUUCUAUAAUUGACUCUUGUGUUUCCAGUAUUAUAAUUUAUAACAAGAUCAUAAUUUUUUGGUUUAAUUUAUGAAUUAGAAAGACAACCUAAAUGGUAAUUCUAUGCUUUUUCAUUGACUUAUGCAAUAACAUGUUUAAUAGUUCAAUGUGUUGAAGUUGAUUUAUCAUUAAUUAUUAGUUUAUGUGGGUAAUAAUAUUUAAUUUAUUUAUUUUUACAGAGCUGUUAUUGGAUUAUUCCAAGAAUAUAUCAUACCUAUUGCAUUACAUUUGAGUUGUUUGUAUGCAAAAAAAGAUUCCAAGACAAAGAAUUAACCAAAUUAUAAUCAAGUUUAAGCUAGUAUGGAGUCAACAGAAUAUUUAGUGGAUUAAGUUGAUUUUACUAAAUUUUCAUUAAACGAUGAAGUUUAUUAUAUGUUUAAAUAUUUUAUAGGAAGAUUUAAAGUGCAAUGAUCAUUCAGAACUUCUAAAACGUAUGCCUAAGAAUUUUAGAAUAUCAUUAUAUUCAUUUAUUUUAGUUAUUGGAAUUGCUAUUGGAAUUGGCAAAUUGAUUGAUAUAUUUAAAUGA